AUGAUCCAGCAACCACAAGAGGUCUUUGCUUUCAAGGAAAACAAUAUCACGGACCUUGAAUUGCCUCUUGUCAAGGUUCAGGGGGAACACAAGGGUCGAUAUGAACUAAGACGAAAGUUUCAGCCAAAUAGACCUUUGGAGGGUCUCGACAAGUGGUCUCCCUUCUUGAUAGACUCGUUUGAAGGGUGCCAGUGGAUGAUGAUGUCGCCUUUCUUUUCGUGGGAAAACAAACGGGCUGUCCGCACCUAUUUCCUCGCAGACCAAACCAUCCUCCCUUUCGUUGAGGAUUCUUCUCGUGACGUCGACAUGGAAGAUGAUGAGGACUUUCAAGGGGGUCACGGAUCCAUCUUCAAGGUCAAGAUCCACCCAGCCCACCACAACUUCCAUCAUAUUGCCGAAGCUCAUGACUCCGACUCUGCCUUUGCGGUUAAGCGCCUCCACUCUCGCAGCCGUGAGAUGUUCUCAAGAGAGGUCGAUGCCCUCAAGCGAUUAUGUGGCCAGAAGCAUAUUGUUCCGCUUCUUGCCACAUUCGAAUACAAGAACAGCUAUCAUCUUCUGUUUCCGUGGGCGAAUGCAAACCUGCGACGAUACUGGGCCAUGUUCCCGAACCCAUCUAUAGAUCGCCGUUACGGGCUCUGGGUAGCAAAACAGUGCAAAGGGAUGGCCGAAGGGUUGAGCAUCAUCCAUGAGCCUCCGCCUGACCAGAGCGACGACUAUACCUACGAACCUGCCUUGCAGCCGAGCCACAGACAAGCGCAAUCGUCGCAGUCUUACGGCAGACAUGGAGACAUCAAGCCAGAGAACAUCCUCUGGUUCCGGAACGGGCCUAAUACUGACAUCGGAGUCUUGGAGAUUGCUGAUUUUGGACUUACGCGCUUCCAUAACAGAAGAUCGCGGUUUAAUAUUUCACCUGUUGGCAUGGGAAAUUCUCCAACCUAUCGCGCUCCAGAAUUCGACAUGCCUGAUGGACUCUUGUCUCGGUCGUAUGACGUGUGGGCGUUGGGCUGUGUUUAUCUCGAGUUUCUCACAUGGUAUUUCAUGGGUUGGGAGGGCGUCAUGGAGUUUUCCGCUUUAAGAGAAUACAAGCGAAACAACCUCGAGGCCGACGAUGCUUCCUUUGAGUUAACUGGGGCGCCAGAAACGGGCAACAUAUGCAGCAAGGUUAAGCCUGAGGUAGUCCAUUGGGUGGCAUCACUUCAUCAACACUGGGCUUGUUCGCCAUUUUUUCACGAUUUUCUCGACCUCAUUGAAAACAGCAUGCUGGUGGUUGAAACAGAUGGUGAAGUUCCGGUCCGCAGAGCUACUGCAGCUGAGGUGAAGAAGAGUCUGGUACGGUUCUAUAACCGCUCCGGAUUUAUCCAUGGAUCGGAGAAUGAGAACCCAACAAGCCGUGAGAACAAGAGGCGAUCAAGCACUGUCGCUGCCUCAGAAACCGGUAUCAAGUUCAAGUCGCCUGUACGACCCACUCAUGCGUUCUGGGAUGAAACUUCCUUUCGUUCAAAAACAAAGGCCAAGACUCAUCAUGUAGGUCAAAGGGACACCACUGAUGGAAGUCGUGAUUCGUUGUCACUAUUUCAUACUGGUCUGGAAGAUCACUCCCGCGCUGUUGAGCCUUGCAGAUUGCGCGAAUACACAGAGGUUGAGGGUAUAAACGCUGAACAGGAACGUCGCCUUCGCUCAAGGAAGCUAACCAGAACGGAGACUGACUCAAAUGAGGGUGAUCGCGAUACCCAACGAUGGCAUGAGAUGUACAAGAUCAUCUUCCCAGACGCUGAUGUGCAGACGAUUUCACCGUAUAAUGAUUACAGCCAUGGAGCUUACCCAGCCAUCGGCUCCUCGGAAACCAUUGCUGAUUACAGCAAGUUCAUAGACGGAGGUAUCCCUUCGGAGGUUCAAAGCCAAUUGCAGGCAACUAUCAAUCGGGAGCUUGGAUUCAGGUACUCCCAAGUCGAGUUGCCUGUCUCUCCAGUUGAGACCAACGAUUUAGAUCAUGAAGAAACAUCACAAGCCUUAGCUUAUGGCGAGGUGCUGACAGCACAAGAACACCUUAUGCCGGGUUUAAUCUAUACCGAGCCGCCAUCGCUUGACUGGGACGUCGAUACAGGAGAGACAGGGUUACUGUCCGGUCUUGAUGAGACUCUCAUACCAUCAGUUCUAAGGGACUUUGAGAAGGCCUGUGAGGCAGAAGGUGACCUUGAAAGGAGGUUAAGCGAGUGUUUGGAGAACUGUGGAGAUCUCAACUUCAAUGAUACAAGUCUAUAA